UCGAUCUUCAGAGCAACAGCGUUGUUAAUAAACAACAACAAUAACAACAACACCAACAACAUCAACAGUGGCGAUGGUGUAAUAGGUCUUCGGGUGUUAGAACUGUUACCAAAAAAAGGCAGUAUGAAGACUUGUAAAGGAGUUGGUAGAGUACAUCCAGUGAAGGCCUUUGCAGCAUUAUAGAGUACCAUGCGGUGCACCUCUACGUGGCGGUUCAACUUGUUAGAAGUAACAGCAAAUUACACUCUAUUAUAUUAAAAGACACAUCGGAUAAUGUAAUCAUCGGAUAAUGUGAUCAUCGGAUAAUGUAAUCCGGGAUAGACAAUAGCUGAAAAAUUAGAUCGGAUGGUCACGGUUGAAUCGUCUUAGAUAUAGAUAUGUUCAAUCCGUGUUGACCUUCAUACGAACACCACCAACAAUACGCUGCAUUAUACUGCAAAGCGUCGUUGCAUUGCAUAGAUGUGCAUGCAUGAACUCUUGCACACACACACACACACACGCGCGCACGCACACAUACACACACACACACACCACACACACACACACACAUACACACACACAGAGGGGCGUACAUACACAAAUGCACCCUUUCAAAUAGUUUACUAUCUCCAUUCUAUAAAAGACUUUAACAUACCUCUACAGCAGCAAUAAAUGUGUCAACAACAACAGCAGCUCAGCAGCAGCAGUAAUGGCAACAUCAGCAGCAACAUGUAUAAAGGUCAACAGCCGCAAUAUGAAUGGCAGCUAAUGAAGGCUUGAGUUGAAGCAGUAAUAAGAAAUAGCAACAAAUGCAAAUAAAUACUAAUAUAUGUCUAUACAUAACUUAAAGAAAAACUUGAAAAACAUGGACAUGCUUCACUGACUGAAAGAAUUAACAGGAAGCUAUCGAUGAAAGCGCUUAGGUCGUAACGCAUUCUCGGAUAAGACAUUUACCAGAAGAAAAAACAAAACAGGAGAAACGAAAGAAAAAGUCAGAAAGAAGACAUCAUAACAGUGUUAACUUCUGUUGUUUCAAUAAACCUGCAAUGGCUGUGGUUUAUGAGCAACUCUCUCCUGAGAAUGCUGCUUGUAUCAACCAAUGUUUAGACAACAUCCAUUCUGAAGACGAAGCCCUUCACUUCAUUUACAGCCGCCAUUUAUUUGACAGUUAUGCAUUUGCACUAAUCAACAAUGUAGAGCAAUACGAGAAAUGGAAAAUAACAGAUCCUAAAUUCUGGAGUUCUGACGAUGUGCUCGACUGGCUGUAUUACAUCGGCGAAAAAAACGACGUAGACUUUGGAAAUUUUUCAGCCGAAUCUUUCCAGUGUUUGAAAGGUGAAGACCUCCUCUUAAUGCCCCCGGAAGAAUUUCGUCGAUGUGAACCCACCUACGGCGAACUGAUAUAUUCAAGCUUUUUACGUCUUACUAGCUGGCAAAUGGAUGAACUGAGCUACCAAGUUACAGAAGCGAACACCAAAGUGACUGAUACAAACGUCUACUCCAUAAUAAGAGAAAUAAUGGCGUCAGAAAACAAUUUUCAGUCAGACGACCACCAAACUUGCUUUGGCGCUAACCUUAACCAAAAAGAACUUUUUAAUGAUUCCACUGAAAAUAAUCCUCUUCCCUGUUCUUCGUCGCAUGACGAACCAAUCAAUGUUCAGUUCCCACUAGAAGUCUCCUUAAACCAAAUCCAAUAUGAUUAUUUGCAGCCAAAAACUGAAUACCAAAUCGAUGAGGAAAGAGAUUGCUGCCAGAAUUUAUCAUAUACCACAUUAACAAACAAAAUGGACUGUGAAUCCAAGCCCGACCUCUCAUCUCCCCACACAACCAAAUUAAAAGAAGAAGAAGAAGACAACUUGCACACUUCUCGUAGUCCGAAAUCUAUCAAACGAAUGCGUAAAAACGAAACGAAACCUUCUCGUAAACCAACCAAAUGCAAAGCAACAUCUUCGUCGUCCAAGAGUCACUCAAAAGCGCGUAACACCAAAAUGACCCGAGCUGGCACUCACCUAUGGGAAUUUAUCAGAGACUUGUUGCAUAACGAACAGUACAACCCGGAAUACAUUCGAUGGGAAGAUCGUGAGAAUGGCGUCUUUCGAUUUGUCGCCUCAGAGUUUGUGGCAAAACUAUGGGGCAUAAAAAAACAUAAUACUACAAUGAACUAUGAAAAACUGUCACGUGCUAUGCGGUUCAGCAGAAGUGUAGGAUAUUUUACCAAACUCCCAGACAGUGGCAUCUAUCCUAAAAAACUUUGCUUCAAGUUCGGACCAAAAGCUUUUGGCUGGAAAAAAUAACCUAACUGAAAUUAGGUUUUUAAAAUAUUUUAUGUAUUUUAUUUUAAUGAUAUUAUUAAUUAUUUAUUAUUAAAAAUUUUCUUUGGAGUUAUGACCUGGCAAAAUCUUUGGUACGUCGCACAAAAUGCCUCGCGGUACUUAUUCCGGCUCUUCACGAUCUGGGUUCAGAUGCUGCGGAAGCCGGCUUGCCUUUCUCUCCUCUAGAGUCAAUGAAAUAAAAUACCAGUCAGGAACUGGGGUCGGUUAAAACGACAAUGUCCCCCUCCCCUCAAAAUUGUAUUCCAGUUUCGAAACAAUUAUGAAUAGUUUAGUUUUCUAUAAAAUAUUAAAACUAAAUCCACGUAAAUUUUAUAAAUUAUAUUAAUUUACGAAUAACCAGGUAACUUUGAAAUAAUUAAUGGCGGGUGGUAGUCAAAUGAAAUUAAUAAGAGUGGCUGCAUUAUAACUAGCUUGCUUACCAAUCACAUGGUUCUGGGUUCAGUCCCACUGCGCAGCACCUUGGGCAAGUGUCUUCUAUAGCCUUGGGCUGACCAAAGCCUUGUGAGUGGAUUUGGCAAACGGAAACUGAA